UUCUAAUCAUAGCAGAACAAGAUGGCGUCUCAGCAGCCGCAACCAGGAGGUUCGAUGUCUCAGCCCGGAUUACAACAACAGCCUGCUUCAAUGCAGCAACAACAACAGCAGCAGCAGCAGCAGCAACAGCAACAACAACAACAACAACUGAGUCAACAGCAAGACUUUGACCCAGUUCAGAGAUUUAAGAUGCUUAUACCGCAGCUAAAGGAGAGCUUACAGAAUCUAAUGAGAAUCGCCUCCCUGAAUUUGGCAUAUAACACGACGAUUGACAACGGCAUCAAAAGCAGCGACACUUCAGUGACAGUUCAGCGCUUUGACAAAAGCCUGGAAGAGUUUUAUGCCCUUUGCGAUCAACUUGAGCUGUGUUUGCGACUGGCAUACGAGUGCCUCUCACAGAGCAUCGACAGUGCCAAACACUCACCCAACCUGGUCCCAACAGCCACCAAGCCAGACACAGUCCAGACAGAGUCCAUGUCAUAUGCCCAGUACCUCGGCAUGAUCAAAUCUCAGAUCUCCUGUGCCAAAGAUAUCCACAACGCUUUGCUGGAGUGUUCUAAGAAGAUUGCAGGAAAGGGACAGCCUCAAGGAAUCAUGUAGAUUUGGACUGAUGGUUACAGCUCUUUAUGCACCAGGUGUUUUGUAAAAGGUGACAGAAUUGCAAAAUAUUUACUUCUCACUUUCAUGCUACAUUGGCCAUGAUGAUGAUUUAUGUCAGCAGGUCAAAAGGUCAUGUAUAUUUGGUGGAGCGUGAAGUUGUGUUUUUGCCACCACUUUGUAAUUCUGACAGACGUUAUGUUGGAAGAUGACCAGCAGGUGGCGGCAGAGGCGCAGGUGAAGUCUUUUAUAACACAUUUGUAUUCGCUAAUAAAAUCUUUCUACUUA